AUGCGUGUCGUGCAUGCGCAAGCAUACCGUCGCGAAGGUUGGCGUCCGGGAGUUGGUCCAUCGCGCGAUGUGAUUGGAGGAGAUUGUGGGCAAUUGUGGGCAAUCGUCGUGACGGAUGAGCCAAUCAGGAAGAAGGCUAUGUCCUCACAACGGGCCGAUUGGAGGGAAAGUCUUGUCUCCAGUCUCUUUCAUGCAUUGCCGUGUUCUCGCGGUCCAGGCUGUCCGACGAGCCGAGAAGUCGACUUGCCUCGUCUCUUUGAUGAGCUUCUCCGGCGCCCCCUCCUUCAGCGUUUAGGCUCCGGCGGGAAGAAGCGCCGGCAUGUCGUCAAAUCGGUCUGGUGGUGGUCUCUUGGUUUACGCCCAAAUGGCCCCAUCCGACACUUUGUUGCCAGCCUCGGAGGCGGUAUGCUCUCGAGGCCUCGGAUCCGGCUGACAGCUCGACAACUGGGCGUCAGUCUAGGACUCCGGCCCACGACUCAGUCGUCACACUCUGCUGUAGCCUCGCACACCUCGCACACUUUGGUCGACUGGCCUAUUGUUGAGAUGUCGCCUUGGCGAUGGGCUGUGUUGAUCUAUCUUCUGCCGAGGGGACGCCGAGUUCGCAGUUAA